CGAGUAACUGUUCGGGUCAUGGCGUCAAACUCAACUAAGUCUUUUCUGGCAGAUGCCGGCUAUGGCGAACAGGAGCUGGAUGCUAACUCUGCCCUUAUGGAAUUAGACAAAGAUGCUGUCACUUCACCUAUGUUCCAAAACAUCUGAAUUCUCAGACUCUGGAAGAGACCACAGGUUGCUUUUACUCUGUCCAUAUUGGUACAGAUGUAGUUGGUAUUGUGAUAAACAAAUAUGAGGCCCUGUCUAAGAUCUGGCAAACUUGGUGAACAGUGUGAAGCAGUUGUCCGCUUUCCCAGGCUCUUUCAGAAGUAUCCAUUUCCCAUUCUCAUCAAUUCUGCUUUCCUAAAGUUAGCUGAUGUUUUCAGAGUUGGAAACAAUUUCCUGAGGCUAUGUGUUCUUAAAGUUACUCAACAAAGUGAGAAGCAUUUGGAGAAGAUUCUAAAUGUGGAUGAAUUUGUGAAGAGGAUUUUCUCUGUGAUUCAUAGUAAUGAUCCUGUAGCAAGAGCCAUCACACUCCGGAUGUUGGGAAGUCUGGCAUCAAUAAUUCCUGAGAGGAAGAAUGCUCAUCAUAGUAUUCGUCAGAGUCUGGAUUCACAUGAUAACGUAGAAGUUGAAGCUGCUGUUUUUGCUGCUGCUAACUUCUCUGCACAGUCAAAGGAUUUUGCUGUAGGAAUCUGUAACAAAAUCAGUGAAAUGAUUCAAGGUCUAGCCACGCCAGUCGACUUGAAGCUGAAGUUGAUCCCUAUCCUGCAGCACAUGCACCAUGAUGCAAUUUUGGCAUCCAGUGCUCGUGAGCUCUUACAACAGCUAGUCACAUCCUACCCUUCCAACAAAAUGGUGAUUGUUUCUUUGCACACCUUUACUCUGCUUGCAGCUUCAUCCUUGGUUGAUACUCCUAAGCAGAUUCAGCUUCUAUUGCAGUAUUUGAAGAAUGACCCCAGGAAAGCAGUAAAGAGACUUGCUAUUCAAGAUCUGAAAUUACUUGCCAGUAAAACACCACAUACUUGGAGUAGGGAAAACAUUCAGGCACUCUGUGAAUGUGCCCUCCAGACUCCUUAUGACAGCUUGAAACUUGGAAUGUUGUCUGUUCUUUCCACGCUGUCAGGGACCAUCGCCAUCAAACAUUACUUCAGCAUAGCUUCAGGAAAUGUGGGUUCUUCCCCUAGAUCCUCUGAUUUAGUCAAAUUAGCCCAAGAGUGCUGUUACCAUAAUAACAGGGGCAUUGCAGCUCAUGGAGUGAGAGUCCUAACUAAUAUUACUGUCUCUUGUCAAGAAAAAGACCUUUUGGCACUGGAACAAGAUGCUGUCUUUGGCCUGGAAUCCCUUCUGGUACUUUGUAGUGAAGAUGAUAGCCCAGGUGCUCAAGCCACUUUAAAGAUCGCUCUGAAUUGUAUGGUGAAGUUGGCCAAGGGUAGGCCCCAUCUCAGCCAGUCUGUAGUUGAGACCUUGUUGACUCAGUUGCACAGUGCUCAGGACGCUGCCCGGAUCCUGAUGUGCCACUGCCUGGCCGCCAUUGCCAUGCAGCUGCCUGUGUUGGGCGAUGGAAUGCUCGGUGACCUCAUGGAGCUCUACAAGGUGAUUGGACGAUCAGCCACAGACAAGCAACAAGAACUUCUGGUGAGCUUGGCCACUGUGAUUUUUGUAGCCAGUCAGAAAGCACUGUCUCCUGAAGUAAAGGCAGUAAUUAAGCAGCAGCUUGAAAGCGUCUCCAACGGAUGGACUGUAUACCGAAUUGCCAGACAGGCAUCCCGAAUGGGUAAUCACGACAUGGCCAGAGAGCUUUAUCAGAGUUUGCUGACUCAGGUUGCCUCAGAACAUUUCUACUUCUGGCUGAAUAGUUUGAAAGAGUUCUCACAUGCAGAACAGUGUCUCACUGGGUUGCAAGAGGAGAAUUAUAGUUCAGCACUUUCUUGCAUUGCUGAGUCUUUAAAAUUCUACCACAAAGGGAUUGCUUCCUUAACAGCUGCCAGUACACCACUGAAUCCUUUAAGUUUUCAGUGUGAAUUUGUAAAGCUCAGGAUUGACCUUCUCCAAGCCUUCUCUCAACUUAUCUGUACUUGUAGUAGCCUCAAGACAAGCCCGCCACCUGCAAUUGCCACAACAAUUGCCAUGACCUUAGGGAAUGACCUCCAGCGGUGCGGUCGCAUCUCCAAUCAGAUGAAACUGUCCAUGGAAGAAUUCCGAAGCCUUGCUUCCCGAUAUGGGGAUCUUUAUCAGGCAUCUUUUGAUGCUGAUUCCGCAACUUUGAGGAAUGUAGAACUACAGCAGCAGAGCUGUUUACUGAUAUCUCAUGCAAUAGAAGCCCUGAUUUUGGAUCCAGAAUCAGCAAGUUUCCAGGAAUAUGGAUCUACAGGAGCAGCCCACGCUGAUAGUGAAUAUGAGAGAAGAAUGAUGUCUGUAUAUAAUCAUGUCUUGGAGGAGGUGGAAUCACUCAAUCGGAAAUAUACCCCUGUUUCUUAUAUGCAUACAGCAUGCCUCUGCAAUGCCAUCAUUUCUUUGCUGAAAGUUCCUCUUUCAUUUCAGAGAUAUUUUUUCCAGAAACUGCAGUCUACCAGCAUCAAGCUUGCCCUGUCACCAUCCCCCCGGAACCCUGCUGAACCCAUUGCUGUCCAGAAUAACCAGCAACUGGCGCUGAAGGUAGAGGGAGUGGUCCAGCACGGAUCUAAACCAGGACUCUUCCGCAAAAUUCAGUCUGUCUGUCUGAAUGUUUCUUCCACACUGCAGAGUAAAUCUGGACAAGACUACAAGAUACCCAUUGACAAUAUGACCAAUGAGAUGGAGCAGAGGGUUGAGCCUCAUAAUGAUUACUUCAGUACUCAAUUCCUGUUGAACUUCGCUAUCCUUGGCACACACAACAUUACAGUGGAAUCUUCCGUGAAAGACGCCAACGGCAUCGUAUGGAAGACUGGUCCCAGAACCACCAUAUUUGUAAAAUCCCUGGAAGACCCUUAUUCGCAGCAGAUUCGCCUGCAGCAGCAGCAAGUCCAGCAGCCGUUACAACAGCAGCAGCAGCGAAAUGCCUACACGCGGUUUUAGCCGUGCAACAGAGGCACUACAGACUUUCCAGGAACUGAGCAAAUUAGCGAAAAUAGUUUGCUUUUUCAUAUGGAUAAAGGUACAAAAGUUAGAAUAUGGAGUCCGUUUAUUCAUUGGUUUCUGUGAUAGAACAUUCUGAAAAAAAAUUUUUCUUAAAAAUUUA